ACUUUCCCGAGGGGAGAGCGGGCGCCAGUUGCCUCCUUUUAAAGUUUGAGGGGCGGUGGUGGCGGCGGCCGGCAGGCGCGGGGGAACACAGGGGCCGCUACGGGAGCCGCGCCGCCGCCCAUGUCAUUCCACUUCAAGUGACUUCAUGUGAUGUCAGCUGAAUGUAAAAGACAGUGAUCUCACGCGGAGGGGAAGAUGUUUGCCAUCAAAAUGUGACAGAAGAGACACUCUGCAUGGCUCGGAACGCAUCUCCUUGGUGGUGGGGGAAAGAGACUUAGAGGAGAGUGGCUGCGCCCUGGCCCAGCCUGGCUCGGCUCGGCUCCGUGCGCCAUGGCAAGCUCGGCUUCCCUGGAGACCAUGGUGCCCCCGGCCUGCCCGCGCGCCGGAGCGUCGCCGGCCACUUCCAAGACGCUGGCCUUCUCCAUCGAGCGCAUCAUGGCCAAGACGUCGGAGCCCCGCGCGCCCUUUGAGCCCCGGCCUGGAGCGCUCGAGGCGGAUGGCAGCCAGGGCAAGAAACUGCUCAACCUCUGCUCGCCGCUCCCCUGUAUGAUCCCCCUCCAGCCCCUAGGCUACGAGGUCCCGUCAAAGACACUGCUCAGUUACUCGGAGCUCUGGAAAAGCAGCCUCCGGGCGGGCGGCGGCGGCGGAGGAGGCGGCGGCGGCGGUGGCGGCGGCGGCGGCGGCGGCGGCGGCGGGGGGGCCCCAGUGUGCGGCGCCAGCGGCUUGUGCAAAACCAACUGUGGCGUGUGCUGCAAGGCCGAGCUGGGCCUGGCGCCGUCUGCGCUGCCCGCGGGCAGGGUCAUCAAGCCGCAGGUCAUCAACCAGGCCGUGGGGCUGCCGGCCAGCGGCUCUCUCUACUACUUCAACUACCUGGACUCGACCGCGUACCCGCCGUCUGAGCUCCUCAGCGGCCACCUCUUCCCUUCUGGCCUCCUCAAUGCGCAGGCCCCCGCAGCCCUGGCUGCUCACCCCAAGCUCUUUCUGCUGGAGAACGCCAAGCUGGCCGGCCUGGCUGCGGACAAGUUCCCCCAUCCGGCUCCCUAUCCCCAUAAGGAGCGCUUGCCGGCGCCGCUGGAGCAGGUACUGAAGGAGAACUCAGCCCUGACUGCCGAACGCGGAGGCGUCAAGGGCCACAGCAAGCUGCCAGGGGGCUCCGCAGAUGGCAAGCCCAAAAACUUCACCUGCGAGGUGUGCGGCAAGGUGUUUAAUGCUCACUAUAACCUCACCCGCCACAUGCCGGUCCACACCGGAGCCAGACCGUUCGUGUGCAAAGUCUGCGGCAAAGGCUUUCGCCAGGCCAGCACGCUCUGCAGGCACAAAAUUAUCCACACCCAGGAAAAGCCGCAUAAAUGCAACCAGUGCGGCAAAGCGUUCAACCGCAGCUCCACGCUCAACACGCAUAUCCGCAUCCACGCGGGCUACAAGCCCUUCGUCUGCGAAUUUUGUGGCAAAGGCUUUCACCAAAAAGGGAACUACAAGAACCACAAACUGACCCACAGCGGCGAGAAGCAGUACAAAUGUACCAUCUGCAACAAGGCCUUCCACCAGGUCUACAACCUGACCUUCCAUAUGCACACCCACAAUGACAAGAAGCCUUUCACGUGCGCCACUUGCGGCAAAGGGUUUUGCAGAAACUUUGACUUAAAGAAACAUGUGCGCAAACUCCACGACAGCGUGGGCCCUGCUGCCCCCUCCGCAAAGGACCUGACUAGGACAGUGCAGAGCUGAGAGCUACUGCUUUGCCCUUCCUUUCCUCCCUGUACCACCCGAAAACAGAUCACACAUAUAAACUUAUUUCUAAAAUUAAAAGAAAAAAAAAAAACUAUAGCAGAGAGGCUAAAAUCUAUUUAUCAAAACCAGCAUAUUUUUGGAAAGCUAAACGUUUCCUCGAUGACUGGCAGCAAACUCGUGGCCCCCACCUUUGUAUAUUCAGGAAACUUAUUUAAAUCCAGGCCUCCGCUUCUCCUGGGGCAGCCAGUUUUAACCCCACCCUGUCACCGUGAGCGCCCCAGAAGAUCGCGGCGCCCCUAGCCAUCUUUAUACAGCCAUGUAAAUCCUCAUGUACAAGCGAACACGGAAUAUAUACAUAUAUAACUCAAUAAACAGAAUUAUUAG